AUGCAACAGGAAAGCGGCCAUGUAACCCAGCCGCAGGAUUCGAUCACUCUGGGACAGCUGAGGAGCAUGCAAUCAUACUAUGACUUCCGUUACGACGAUGAAGAUACCAUGCUCAAUGAAAUCGAGGAGUUCUAUUCGUAUGUCGAGGUGGCUCAGGUGGAGGAAAACCUGAAGGCUUGGGAGGGGUCCUUCGACGGAGAGUGGGUGAAAGCCCCGGCGUCGCAAAGGAAGGCCCGGAUAGAGGUCCUCUUGGAAAGCCUCGAGCACAAGGAUGCUGUCAUACGGUUCACGAAUGCUCGGAGGCUGCUGUACAUAAUGCAAGGAUCCUUUGCCGAGACGACUUCCCCGGAGCAUCAGUUGCAUUGGAUAUUCGAGAAUUGCAAGCUUGUUCGGGCAGCCAAUGGUCUUAGCUCGAUUGUAGAGGCGCUCAAGAUUGCGAGCGCUAAACAUGACUUACUAUUCAACAUGUCAGAUACUGACACUGCCCGAUUCAAUAUUACGCCUGCAGAGAAAACAGAUUUCUUAGAGGAAGUGAUCACGGAAAUUUCUGUCUAUUUAGGAAUGCUCUAUCAUCUCAUAGAAGUGUGCAAAGGCCAUGACGAUUUCGCGGAUGAAAUGAUGAGCCUGGAUCCUCCACUUCCUGUUUACCUCAUGAACGUGGUAGCUAGCCUGCGAGACAGGAUAUCCAAAGGGUACCCUGUAAAGAAGCUUCUUCUGGUAAUGUGGAAAACAAUCCUCUGUGCUUUCGGUGGCAUCCGCGAACUUGCGAGAGUCAAGAAACUUUCUCGCGAGUUAGCAGGUCUGCCUCCCGUUCCCGAAGAGGCGCUACCUAUCAAGGCCACGCCCCUGGACAUCGAGGCCUUUCAUCAAGAGACGUUGGUGAAAUAUCCUACCUUCAUGGCCCAUGAGGAUCCGCUCCCGAUCCCUAACCAACCUGUGCCAGCACCCAGGCUAGCCGAAGCCUACGCACCCAUUCCUGUUCGACAUCACUACCACCAUGAUGAUGACUCUCACCAUCUCCCGCAUGGACCGCACCCCUUUCCCCAACAACAGCCCUCUGGUUCCGGUUUCCGCGCCAUCCCCCAGCCGGUAACUCCUGCACCGUCACCGCCGCCCUCACCAAAGCCGAAGAAACAGCAAUACCAGACAGACCAGAAUCGGCCCUUCCUAUUCCCAUUUUCUCGAAGCAGUAUGAGGAGUAGAAGCAGGCGUCUCGUUCCAUAUGCUAUUGAAGAAGCCGACAAGUUAUAUCAUAAGCAUAUGUACAUCAGCUUGGCACUAUGGCAAAUGUGGCGCACGAGAGAGGAUUGCAUGACAGCCGAGAGUGGAUUGGAACACAUGCCAGGAUCAGAAGUGUUUCCGGAGUCUAGUCAAACGGAUGCCGAGGACGAUGAAUUGGUCGAGCCUCUCGCAGAUGUAGCCUUACUCGACCAGAGGAUUGCUGAAGCAGAACAAGCAAUAAAGCAAGCUGAUACCAGUACAGCCAGGAGGAAAGCUAAGGAAAGGAAGGAAGAUCUGAUGCGCUUGAAGAGGGUUGAACAGAUAUACGCUGCCGGCUUGCCCGUUUUAUCGGGAUGGGUCCUAGUUUUGUUAAAACUUUUGCUGGCAACUGUGUCCGCAGCAACCAGUACACAACCUCCUCCAUCAGCUGCCUCCGCUGGCUUCCCGCCUGGCGUCUCGCCUCCCCCCGAGCAGCCUCCGCCUCCUCCACCAAGCUUUGAGGAAACCGACGUGCUUCGUCAUCGGGAGAUAACCUCGAAAGCCGUUUCCGCGAUAUUAUUGUUGACGAUGAAGUGGUUUAAAGUAUCUCAUGUCAUGAAAUUCCAUCAUCUCGGCCAGUUGCUUCUGGACACGAACUGUCUGUUACUCAUAUUGAAGAUGUUCGGAUUACAAGAGGUCGCCGUUUCGGUUGUAUCAAAGGCUGACUUGCCGGAAUUCAACUUCUUCCGAUACUGCUAUACCAAAUUCUCGAGGAAUCCGCAGCCCAAUUACUUCAAGGACGAGCCGAAGAAGCCGUAUGUCCGCAAAGUGAUUCAGAGCGGGCAAAGUCAGGAAGAGGAGGUCGAAUAUCUGACUGAGUUCUCAUGGCGGAACUUCUUCUCGAACAUCAACUUUGCUCGGAUUAUGCAGAAACUAUCCAAGCAUCGUUCUCAUCGAAUAUGGAUGCUUGUGCAAUAUAAGAGUUCGGCCGUCUUGAAGCGUGUCUUGAAAGUCAAUCACAAGAUGCUGCAACUGCAUAUCUUGAAGCUCAUCAAGAGCCAGGUGCCCUUCUGCGGACGAAAGUGGCGGCAAUCAAAUAUGAAGGUCAUAACGUCUAUCUAUCUCAACUGCAGACCAGACUUGAGAGAUGAAUGGCUGACUGGAACGGAAGUUGACGAUGUUGCUGAUGCACAGGCUCAAGAACAGGCGUUGCGCCAUUUAGUCAAGUUCUAUAAUAGCAAGCGAUAUGGGCAAACAGCUGGUCAUCAGGCGCAAGCUCACAAGAGAUCAGUCAGCAUGUCUCAUCACCUGGAGGGACUAGACCCAGGAUAUCAGUUAUCGGGCAUGAUACGACCCGUUGGCACCCCCAAUGUUGUAGAAGCGGACGUCUUCCCGCCUGUCCGUGCGCAAGCUCCCGACCCCUCGAUAUUCCUGCCAUACAUUCCGGAAGACAUAGCAUUCGAAGAAGAAUACGAAGAGUAUUUAUCCGACUUAGGUUGGUCAGAUUCAGCUAUCGAGAGCGCCGGUGAUGCCCCGCUCUUCGGCGGGACAUCGGCCUGGCACAGACUUCCCGAAUUUGUCUCGGAAAUAGCGGAUGGAAUCAGCGAUAGUGAGAGUAUUGUUUCGAUUGGUGAGCUGGGUGACGAAGCUCGAUUGGAUGUUGGGCGUGAUAGCGACAUCCCGGACGAGAAUGUCAACAAUUGGGAGCAUAUGAGCCCGAAGACGAUGGCUGCAUUGCCCAAGUCCCCAGCAGGACCGCGUCGGUCAAAUUCCGGAGGCGGACUGCGGCCCGUGUUGCCCUUCAAUCUUGAUGAUAGCAGCGCGGUUGAACUUGAUACUGAGGAAGAAGAGGAGAUGGGACCGAUGCCCCGUGAACAGUCUGGACCCUUCGGUGCAGGAGGAGGUGUCGACGAAGUGGAGUAUGCGUAUGGUGUCUGAAACUUCAAGCUUCGAGUGUGAAAUGGGAUUCUGGACCCAUGGGGUUCCACCUACUAGUAAUCUUUACCCGGACAUUGUGCAUCUCAUGACGUCUCGAUGGAACCGCGUUGGAGGAUCGGAUGCGUUUAGACCGUGAUGAAGCCUGAUUACAUCCAACCUUGCGUGGGCCAAACAUGG